AUGAAGGAGGAGAAGAGCGAGUGGGAGCGAAGCGGCCGAUGGCGACACCGGACAGACGACGCGCUGGCGACCUUGGUGGUGAAGCAGGAGCGUCUGAGCCCCGAACCAGUCGAGCACCGCCGACACGACGCCCCAGCCGCUAACCCGUCCCCGCCCGCCACUAAGCCAGGCCAUGGCGACCACCGCGGGAGUCGAGGUCUGGGAGCGAGCCGGUCCCCAGUCAAAAAGAAAAACAAGUCCUCAGGGAGAAGAAGCAAGUCUCCACGGACUAAGAGAAGCCGGAGUCCCCACUACACCAUGGUUAAAGUGAAGCAGGAACGCGAGGACCAUCCACGGAGAGGACGAGAGGAUCUGCAGCACCGGGAGCCAUCAGAACAGGAACAAAGGAGAACUCGUAACAGUGAGCGAAACCGACACCGGGGCCAUUCCCGCCAAAGGAGGAGCUUUGGUGAGAGGCCUGUCAGUGGGCAGGGUCGGGACCGAGACAGCCAGAUUCUGCAGGCCCAGGAAGAAGAGAGGGACUUUCAUAAUGCCAGGCGCCGGGAGCAUCGCCAGCAGAAUGAAGGUGCUGGCAGUGAGGCUCAGGAGGUGAUCCCUCGCCCUGCUGGUAACAGGAGCAAAGAGGUGCCUGUCAAAGAAAAACCAAGCUUUGAACUUUCUGGGGCACUUCUUGAGGACACCAAUACCUUCCGGGGUGUGGUUAUUAAGUACAGUGAGCCCCCAGAAGCCCGGAUCCCCAAAAAACGGUGGCGUCUCUACCCCUUUAAAAAUGAUGAGGUACUUCCAGUCAUGUACAUCCAUCGACAGAGUGCUUACCUUCUGGGGCGACAUCGCCGCAUCGCCGACAUUCCCAUCGACCAUCCUUCUUGCUCCAAGCAGCAUGCAGUCUUCCAGUACCGGCUUGUGGAGUACACGCGUGCUGAUGGCACAGUUGGUCGGAGGGUGAAACCCUACCUCAUUGACCUCGGCUCAGGCAAUGGAACCUUCUUGAACAACAAGCGUAUUGAGCCACAGAGAUACUACGAACUGAAAGAAAAAGAUGUCCUUAAAUUUGGGUUCAGUAGCAGAGAGUAUGUCUUGCUCCAUGAGUCUUCAGACACCUCUGAACUAGACAGGAAGGAAGAUGAGGAUGACAAGGAGGAGGAAAUGGUGUCUGACAGCUAGCAACUGAGAAGCAUCCCCACUAUUAGAAACUGUUCCUGCUGGAGGCCGUGGGCUUGACUCUCCAGCGACUCUUCUUGCCUUAAGUCUCCUCUGUUGCUGCCCAGCUUGGGUUGCAGUAUGAGAACUCUCACCUCGUAUUUUGUUGAACUUGGCACAGCAGCUGCCUGCCU